CAGGAAAAACAUGCUUAUGAAGUAAAUCUAUCAAAAUCCAUCCGACUAAUCCAUGACAUCGAUUUAACCAAAUCUGAAAAAAAAUCAAAAUUUUAUAGAUCAAAAUUGAAUUUUAUAAUGAAACUGCAAUUUGCGUCGGAUUUAAAUUUUGGAUUCAAUUUCGAUUCAAAUCGACUAAUUGUCCGACCAUAAUUUUCAACAUAGCCAGCCCCUGCGCCCAUUGCCCAGUCUCCCCUCUUCCUCGCCGCUCGCGUCGCCAUUUUAUAGUCCCAACGCAUCUCCCUGUCACCGACACUAACCAAUCAUCAUGUUUCGCAGCUUCAACAUUCUCCAAGCUCCAAUGCAGGAGCAAUCAAUUAACAAAUACCCCAAAUACUCAAAGGUAAGACAUUUCUACAACAUCUCCAUAUCAAUCUCUUAACCCACGGAACAAUUUUCAAAUUCUUCUGGUUACUGUCAUUAUAUUCUUGAUGGCGUUUCGAUCUUUGGGUUUGAAAUUUGCGUUGCACUUAUCAAAACCCAUAUCAUCACUCUUACCAUUACACCAAUCUAUCUCAUCGCUCCAAGCUCUCCCAACUUCUCCACAUCUCGACGAACGCCUUAUUCUCCACCAAAUCUCUCAACUUUUACCAAUUCCCUCUUCCAAAACCCUAGAAUCCGAAUCAGAAUCAAAAUCGAAAUCCGUCGAUGGGUUUUUGUCCCCUGAAGAUAAACUACGCGGUAUCUUUCUUCAAAAACUAAAGGGUAAGGCUGCAAUCGAACAAGCUUUAUCCAAUGUGUGUAUUGAUGUGAAUGUUGAUAUUAUUGCUAGGGUAUUAAACUCUGGGAAUUUGAGUGGUGAAGCUAUGGUUACAUUUUUUAACUGGGCACUCAAACAACCAAUGGUGCCGAAGGAUGUUGGUACUUAUCAUGUCAUUGUUAAGGCGCUAGGAAGAAGGAAGUUUUUAGUGUUUAUGAUGCAAGUUUUGGAUGAUAUGAGGUUGAAUUGUAUAAAAGCUGAUUUGUUCAUGUUAUCUAUUGUUAUUGAUAGUUUUGUAAAUGCUGGUCAUGUAUCUAAAGCAAUUCACGUGUUUGGGAACUUGGAUGAUCUUGGUCUCGAGCGUGAUACUGAGGCUUUGAAUGUGCUUUUGUCGUGCCUUUGUAGACGCUCUCAUGUUGGUGCUGCGGCUUCUGUUUUUAAUUCGAUGAAAGGGAAGGUGGCUUUUAAUGUUGCUACGUAUAAUGUUGUUGCUGGUGGUUGGUGUAAGUCUGGUAGGGUGGAUGAGAUUGAGAGGGUUAUGAAGGAAAUGGAAGUUGAGGGGUUUUCUCCUGAUUUUGGUACAUUUGCUUUUUUACUUGAGGGUUUGGGUAGAGCGGGUAGAAUGAAUGAGGCUGUUGAGGUUUUCGGUAGUAUGAAAGAGAAAGAUACUACGACCUAUAAUGCAAUGAUUUUCAAUUUCAUUUCGAUUGGAAAUUUUGAUGAGUGUAUGAAGUAUUAUAAUGGGAUGUUGAGUGAUAAUUGUGAACCUAACAUUGAUACGUAUACUAGAAUGAUUAGUGCUUUUCUCAGAAUAAGGAAAGUGGCCGAUGCACUUUUGAUGUUUGAUGAGAUGUUAAGACAAGGAGUUGUGCCUCCUGCUGGGACUGUAACCUCCUUCAUCAAAUAUUUGUGCAGCUAUGGUCCACCAUAUGCUGCUAUGAUGAUCUACAAGAAGGCAAGAAAAUUAGAGUGUAAGAUAUCGAUGGAAGCUUAUAAGAUAUUGCUUAUGCGCCUUUCUAAGUAUGGAAAAUGUGGAACAUUAUUAAGUGUCUGGCAAGAAAUGCAAGAAUGUGGGUAUAGUUCAGAUGUUGAAGUUUAUGAGUACAUCAUCACUGGCCUUUACAACAUAGGACAACUUGAAACUGCUGUUCUUGUUAUGGAGGAGGCUUUGCGUAAAGGGUUCUGCCCUAGCAGGCUUGUGUACAGUAAACUAAGUAACAAGCUGCUUGCUUCAAACCUAACAGAGAGGGCUUACAGACUGUUUUUGAAGAUUAAACAUGCUCGUUCUCUAAAAAAUGCGAGAAGUUAUUGGCGACAUAACGGUUGGCACUUUUGAACAGGCAUCCUAAUUGCUAGCUCUUGAAGUAGAUCCUCCUGCUUGCUUUGCACAUAUCUGGUCUUUGGCUACUUUCUCGCAACAGUACUGAUCUAGUAUGUCCUUGCUUCGAUUUUUUGAACAAGAGCUAUAUGCUCGUAGGCACUUAUUAUUUCCUCCCCUUAGUAUUGAAGAAUACAAUGAUCGUAUGCCGGCCGUGGUCCACUGUGAGGAUUAUUUCCUUCCCUACAUUGUUUUUUAUUUAUGAUAUUUACAUUUACUAGCAGAAAGACAGACACAGAGAAUAUCUAUUGCAAUUCUUUGGGUAUUAAUCUUGCAUAUUUUGUUCUGUAAUAUUGAUAUAAAAGUUAGAUAAAUAAGAUACUAGUUGUUGUAUAGUUGUACUGAUUGUGAUGAUGACACUUUUACAAAUUUAUACUCAUUUUGGGCUCAUGUCACUCUAAUUGGGAUUUAGGAAGUUAUUUUUUUCUUGCUUGGUCUAAUGUUAUAGGUCCCCCCUUCUCAACUCUGUUACUUACUAGUCAAUUCAUUAGCUUUCUAUCCUAAAUAUACUUUGUAUAACUUUAUGUCCAUGAUAUUUUUUAAUAGUUUGUUUGAAAUAAAAUAUUUAUGAUGAUUGGGCUGUUAAUCUUUUUGUCCCCAGAAAUAAAUCUUGAAUUACACUUUUAAUAGUGGAAAAAGACAUCAUUCAAUUUCAAAGUGUGAACACGGGAAAUUCACUAGGCAUAUUCCAUACUGAAUGAUAUAGUAAGCUUCCCCCCACCACUCCCACCCCUCUUUCUCUCUUGUACGCAAACUUCAAGUUUGAAUAUCCUAAAAGAUUUUUCAUUGUCGGAAUGUUUUUCUGUCCUUUUCAUUAGUUUCUGCUUCUAUUCUUUUCCCUGUUUCUAAACUAAAACUUUGGUCAAGGAAGCAAAGCAACACGAGUUUGGCUUCAGGCCGCCAGUGAUGUCCUGUAGGAUUUUAUUUAUUACAACUUAUUAACAACAAGAAUAGUUUCUAAUCUAAUUACUAUAUGUAUUGCCCUUUUUUUGUUUGUUUGCAGGAUGCGUUGCUUUAGAAACUUCUAAACAAUAAUUUCUUAUCAGAUCAAGAGAGUGCACUAGGCCUUUGAGGAUGUUUUGGCCUGCUUCAAAGUACUUUGUACCAGGAGUGUUCAAAAAUUUAUUGGGAUGUUCUUCGAUGGGAAAAAAACACUGUUUCAAGCAAAGCUAAGACAAAAAAGCGGGCCGGUUCAGCUGUAUAUAACAGGGCAUCUUCACUAGAAACAUUACUAAGUGCCUUCAAAUUUCGGUUUCUCCUAAGGUAAACAAAAAAUAUGAAUACUCUUUCUUGCCUUAAGAUCAGCGUGAUUAAUGAUGAGAUCGGCAAAGAAGAGCGGGUCACUACGGAAUCAACACAAAACUCUAGUAAAGUAAGUCAUGCAUAUGUGAAAUGCAAUGAUUGACCAAUGCAUGAAAAAAUACCAAUGAAGGUGGGUUUUCUGUUUGCAAAUAUUUGAUUUUUUCUUGCUCGAGUUAUGAUGCUUUCAGGUUUUUGGCACUUGUGUGAUGUUAUAUGUAUGCAUGUUAUUGAGGUAUGUCGUGAUGCAUGAUUAGUGCAUGAUUGAAUGGAAUGAUUGUUUUUUUAUUUAUGCAAUGAUUUGAGGUCUUUUGUUGUGGGAAAAGGUUAUUGGAUGGAAAAUUGGGAAAGGGAUUGUCUGACUUUAUUGCGGGAACUGCAGGCUACCGUUCAUUUAUUUUUGACCGUCAGAUAAAUCCAACAAUUGACAUGAUUCAAAAUGCAACUUUGAUAAUUCUGAAAAAUUAAAAUAAAACAGAGAAUCCAAAAUUUCCACCCACCGUCCUCGUCACCCCUUGCUCACUGUUAUUCAUCAACCAGCAAAACAAAAUAAAACAGCGACCUCAUCACUGUAAAAUACAGCCACAUAAACAGUCACCCUCGCCGAAAAACAUAGCGGCAUUAAUACUCUCCCACAUCAAUACUAGCCAUUCACUGCGACAUCAAUACUUCCCUCGCCGAAAAACACAGUGACAUAAACACUCGUCGUCACCGCAAAACACAAUGACAUCAACACUCGCCGUCUUGCAUGCGAGCUCAGACCGUUUUUCGUUGCAGCUGUUAUCUCCUUCAAAAAUUUAGAAUCGAAAUUGAUUGUGGUGUUCAAAUGUAAGCAGUGGCCGGAGUCAAUGGUAGCAGUCCAAUGUGUUGGCUCAGACGAUGGAUGAAGGAGACUGCAGCGGCAAUCGGUGGAAGACGUUGGGACGAUGACGGUCAGAGUAGUAAAUGCAUGACGGGUCAGAUUCAGAAUACAAAAAUGGGUUUCAUGUUUGAAACAGUAACUAAUGACGUGUCUUUUUUUUUUUUUCCUUCUUAUGUUGGGUGGUGCAGUGGCAUCACGUGAACGGUUCGAUUUAUCGUGCAAAUCAAAAUCAACAAACGGCAGAGUGCAGUUGGCGCGUAGAAGUUAGAGAAUCCGGAAAAUUGUAUUUGCACGAUUUCCAACACUUGUCUUGAACUCGAUUUUGCUGAGGAAUUUGCCAACCCAUCUUGGAAUAUGGAGAAAACUUACCCCUCUGUCAUCGAUUGUGUUUCUUUCAUGCCCUAGUCUAUUGGGUUUCUGAAUAAUUUUCCCUCGAAUGCAUUUGGAAAUGGCUUGGCAUGAUGUGAUCUCAGGAUGAUUUCCCCCAUUGUUUGGAUUCUAAAGGGAUCUGCUUUUGACCCCUUAGAGUGGUUUGCUUCACGAUGUUUUUGAGGUAGCCUGCCCUGGAUGAACUUUACGAAGAUAUGUGAUUGAUCAACUUUUGAAAUGACUUUGCCCCUGACAUGACUACUUUCCUCAUGAUCCAGUUUCUCACAUGAUUGUACAUUGCUUGAACUUCCUUGUUGCUAAAUGUUGAGUUGCAGAUAAAUUUGUUCUUUCAAAAAAUGGUAAUUCUAAUGUGAUGCUCAUGUAAAAUUUGAAAUCGAAAUCAUUAUCGAAACGAUGUUGUAGUGUA